AUGGAUAGAUCCCAUCUAGAUUCCAGAGAACAGAAUGAUCCGUUACUUGGUCAAGAAGCCUUUGAUGCUAAAAGUGGGUUUGAUCAUCCCGAUUCUAUCUUUAAGAAGCAUCCAUACACUAACGCAGGACUCUUGUCAAGAAUCUUCUUCAGUUGGCCAUUUAAAGUAUUACAGUUUGGAAAGAAAAAUCAUCUGAAGCCAGAAAAUCUUGGAGAAGUUUAUCCCAAUUUUUCCUCAGAAAUGCAAAACAAAAGGCUAUCUGAUAAUUGGGAAAAGUAUAAACAUAGCAAGAAGAUGCCUCUCUUGAAAGCCAUCUUAGCAACCUACAAAAAGGAAUUCAUGGUUGCUUUUCUACUCAAUCUGAUUGUAGUCUGAGUAAAAAUUUCAAUACCUUUUCUGAUUAUCAGAAUCAUAGAUUACAUGUCAGCAACUUCUUCUGAAGAAGGUGGUGGAAUAGCACUCGGAAUUGGUCUUAUUGCUGCAUACAUCACCCUUACUGCUCUAUCAUUCUUAAUCAAUGAACACUCAGCCUUCUUGCAAACAAUCUUAGCCGAUAAGGCUUACUGAGGACUAAUCUGCUUGAUCUAUAGUAAGAUUCUAAAAGUUAGCCCAUCUUCAAACAAGAACUUUGAACAAGGAGAGAUUAUCAACUUCAUCCAAGUUGAUUCAAUGAAAAUUAGAGCUCUAUCGUGGAGCGCUCCUCCUGUAGCUAGGCUUCCAAUCCAGCUCAUCUUCGGAAUAACCUUCCUGUUCUACUACUUCGGAUGGUUGUUACUCCCAGCAUUGGGAAUAGGCUGCAUCUUAAUUGUUGUCAACUUCUUCCUCAGUCUUUAUCUUGCCAAGUUAGAAAAAGCAGUACUCCAAAGAAUCGAUGAGAGAAUGAAUGCUUCCACAGAGGCUAUUAACAACAUCAAAAUACUCAAGCUAAAUUCUUGGGUGGAUUACUUCUUAGAUAAAGUCUCUAGACUUAGAGUUAAAGAGCUAAAUGCUAUUAACAAAAGGUGGUUGUUUAGAGCAUUCCAGAUUGCCAUUUCUUUUCUGAUGUCCCCCACCUUCAUGAUUUCAACCUUUACUAUAUUUUUCUUGACUGGGCACACAAUGGUGCUAUCAACUGCCUUUGCAGCAAGACAUGUAUUCUACACCAUUGAUGAGCCGAUGCAUUGGAUCCCACAGUUCAUAGCAACCUUCACAGAAUUUAUUGUCUCAAUGAAGAGAAUCCAAAAGUUCCUUUUCUGUGACGAGAUCAACCAUAAGUUGGUAGAAUCAGAAAAUGAUUAUUGUAAAGAAAACAACAUUGGCAUUCUGAUACAGAAGUCUAGCUUUAGCUGGGCAGGAAGCCAAUCCGAGAAAAGUAAAGACAAGACAGAAGAGAAAAAGAGCGGAGAGCGCGAUGAAAAAUCUAAACAAGUAUCCAAAAGAGUGUACACUAUAAAUGAAGAGUAUCAAACAUUAGAUGACGAGGAUACAGAAUGAAAAGUAGAUCAAUUACACGAAGAAGAAAGUAUCAUCUCAGUUGUUUCUUCAGGAGAGCAGACAUUGAUCAACUCUAUCGAACUCAAGGACAUUAACCUCCAAAUCAAUCAAGGAGAGUUUGUCUGCAUCAUUGGCCAGGUCGGAUCUGGCAAAUCUUCCUUGCUUAGCGCCAUCCUUGGUGACAUGCUAUACCUCAGCGAUGAAACUAUUCAGGCUUACCAACAUAGAGCCUUAGAUGAUGGACUCAGGCGAGAACUUCACGAAGCCCAGCAGCGAGAAGCCUCUGUGAUCAGACUCGGAGGUUCUGUAAGCUAUGUGCAGCAAGUGCCUUGGAUCCAGAACAAAACUAUCCGAGACAACAUUCUGUUUGGAAAGAGAAUGGAUGAGCAACGAUACAACCAAGUCAUCGAGAUGUGUGAGCUUGGGCCUGACCUUGGACUGUUUCCAGGAGGAGACCUCACUGAGAUAGGUGAGAAAGGCAUCAAUCUAAGUGGAGGCCAGAAAGCCAGAGUAAGUCUGGCUAGAGCCAUCUACGCUGACAAUGACAUCAUGCUGAUGGACGACCCUGUGAGUGCUCUAGACGCCAAUGUCAAGCGCAAACUCAAGGCUGUGUUUACGACAGAACUCAGCCACAAAACUCGGGUGCUGGUGACUCACGCUGUAGACUUCAUUGACUGUGUAGACAGGAUCAUUGUGAUGGAGGCAGGGAGGAUAAAGUAUGACGGAACAUAUGAAGAGUUGCAGCAUCACGAAGAGAUCAAGCACAUUAUAGAGGUUUUAGCUCAUCAGGCUCAUAAUGAAGAUUCUGACGAAGAAGAAGAAUCCAAAGAAGAUAAUUCUGAUGCAAUUCAGGAAAUUUCAAAUACAUCUUAUAUUAGUGAUGAAGGAACAAGAAUUACAGAUGAAGAAAACAAAGAAGUAAUAUCUGUUGGAUGGGGAGUUUAUAAGCAAUUCUUCUUACAAAGUCAGAUUUGGAUUGUAUAUCUUUCUACUUUUCCUCUGUUGGCAGUAUAUGCAUAUUUCUUAGCUAGAUUAAGCAUAGUGUUUGGAUAUUGGAUAAAAGAAAGCGAAGAAGAGCCUCAUUAUCAUAAUUACCCAUAUGUAUUGCUUUAUCCAUUUGGGUAUUCACUUAUCUUAAUGUUCAUUUUCAUUAUCAUGACAAGAGGAUUCACACGUGCAGGUAGAUUUCUUCAUGAAAAAAUGUUCAGAAGAGUUCUCAGUGCUCCCAUCAAUAUCUAUUUUGACAAAACUCCUACUGGAGUUAUUUUGAAUAGAUUCUCCAAAGACAUCAAUCUGAUUGACAAUGAGAUUUCGAGAAAACUCUUAUGGACGACAGAAUCCUUUGUUGCUUUUGGAUACAACCUUCUUGUGGCCAUCUUCGCCAUGCCUUGGGUGAUCUGAGUUCUUCCCUUCGUUGCACUUAUCUGUGGAAUUCUAACAAAAUUCUAUAUGAAAACUUAUAGAGAACUGAAUAGAAUGAAUAGAGUCACUCAUUCUCCAAUUCUAUCUCAGCUGUCUGAAACCUUAUCAGGAUCAUCGACCAUCAGGAGUUUCUCGAAGAGUGAGUAUUUCAUCGGCCAGAACUUCCAAAAGAUCAACAAAAACAUCAACACCGGGUUUUGGAGUAACUCCAUUAGGAGGUGGUUCUCUGUCAGAGUUGAAUUCACUUCUAGAAUCAUCAUAAUCACAGCAAUGGUUCUAAUGAUCUACCUUAGAGAUGUUGUAAACCCAGUCCUGCUAGGGGCAUUUCUUGUGCAUAUGAUGAGGAUGAACAAUGAGCUUAUUUGGAGUUUACAGUUCCUCACAGAAUUUGAGUCAAGAUUAGUGUCGUUUGAAAGAUGCAUCAAAAUUCUAGAAAUUCCUCAAGAGGCUUCAGAUAGCUUUGAUAGCGAAGCUCCUAAGGAUUGGCCAAGGUUAGGUGAAAUUGCAUUCAAUAAUUUCAGCUUGAAGUAUAGACCGAAUACUCCAAUAGUUCUAAAUAACCUCACCUUUCAUAUUAAUGAUGGAGAGAAAAUUGGGGUAGUCGGAAGAACAGGUGCUGGAAAGUCAACUCUCUGUCUUGCCCUCUGAAGAAUUGUUGAAGCAUAUGAAGGUUCUAUCAAUAUUGAUGGCAAAAACAUCUCAAAGGUUGAUCUUAAACAUCUCAGAAGCAAGAUUACUAUCAUUCCUCAGGAGCCUACUCUUUUCAAUGAGUCAUUGAGAUUCAACCUCGAUCCAGAGAAUUUAUAUUCUGACGAACAAUUACUGAGCCUCAUGAGAAGUGCCUCGCUAGAUAAACUUAUUGAAAGAGAUAAUAAAGGUCUAGAUCAGUACAUUGAAGAAGGUGGCAAGAACCUCAGCUCAGGAGAAAAGCAACUCCUCUGCAUUUGUAGAGCUGUUUUAAAGAAAAAUAAGGUUGUACUCAUGGAUGAGGCAACAGCUAACAUUGACAUUAAAACCGAGCAAGCCAUCCAGAAGCUUAUCAAAGAAGAAUUCAAAGAAGCAACAGUGAUUACUAUUGCUCAUAGAUUAAACACCAUAAUGGAGAGUGAUAAAAUCCUGGUACUUAGCCAGGGAGAACUUGUAGAAUUUGAUUCUCCAGAAAGCCUCCUCAGAAAUCCAUCAUCCAUGUUCAAAUCUUAUGUAGAUUCAUUUAAGAAGAGUGAUUAAGACUUGUUUCCAAUAUGCCUAAUCUAC